AGAAGAUGCUGGUGGCUAGGGUUUGGAGAUUGGAAUCUGCUAUUGCUUCUUCUAGAUUGAUCAGCAAGAGAUUGAUCCAUCUUCGUUCGUCCAAGACACGUACGAUUUGGAAGAGUCUACCUAGUUCAUUGAGCGAAGUAACUUUUGUAGGAGAGAAGUUGAAAUUGAGAAGUGGGUUUCAUUAUAUCAAAACCUUAGAUGAUGCCAUUGCUCUGUUCAAUGAAAUGGUUUGGUCUCGUCCCCUCCCAUCUGUUAUUGAUUUCUGUAAAGUAAUGGGUGUCAUCGUGAGAAUGAAACGACCUGAUGUUGUGAUUUCUCUCUACCAGAAGAUGGAGUUGCAACGGACUCCAUUUAGUAUCUACAGCUUCAAUAUUGUCAUGAAAUGUUUCUGCAGCUGUCAUAAGUUGUCCUUUGCUUUGUCUACACUGGGAAAGAUCAUAAAACUUGGUUUUCAGCCCACCAUUGUUACUUUCAGCACGCUUCUCCAUGGGUUCUGUCUCGAAGAUAGGAUCUCUGAAGCCGUUGCUUUAUCUGAUCGUAUGGCUGAAACGGGAUGUACACCAAAUGUUGUGACGUUCACCACACUGAUGAACGGUCUUUGCCGUGAGGGUCGGGUUCUUGAAGCGCUAGCUCUGCUUGAUCGAAUGGUUAAAAAUGGUCAUGGACCUAACGUUGUUACUUACAGAACAAUUGUAAAUGGAAUGUGUAAGAUGGGAGACACUGACUCGGCCUUGAAUCUGCUUAGGAAGAUGGAUGAAAGCCACAUCAAAGCUGAUCUUGUAAUAUAUAAUCCCAUCAUUGAUCGUCUUUGCAAGGAAGGGAAACACAGCGAUGCUCAGAAUCUUUUCACUGAAAUGCGUGAGAAAGGUAUUUUCCCCAGUGUAGUUACCUACAACUGUAUGAUAGAUGCUUCUUGUAGUUCUGGUAGAUGGAGUGAUGCUGAAAGAUUGUUGCGUGAUAUGAUUGAAAGGCAAAUCAGUCCUGAUAUUUUCACUUUCAAUGCAUUGAUCAAUGCAUCGGUCAAAGAAGGGAAGUUCACUGAGGCUGAAGAAUUAUACGCAGAUAUGCUCAGCAGGGGUAUAGUUCCUAAUACAGUCACCUAUAACUCAAUGGUAGAUGGAUUCUGUAAACACAACCGUCUAGAUGACGCCAAUCGUAUGUUUGAUUUGAUGGCUAGCAAGGGAUGUUCUCCAAACGUAGUUACUUUCAAUACUCUCAUACACGGAUGUUGUAUGGCGAAGAUGGUAGAUGAUGGAAUGAAACUUCUCCGUGAAAUGUCGAGAAGAGGAUUAGUUGCUGAUACAAUUUCUUACAACACUCUAAUUCACGGGCUCUGUCAAGUGGGCAAACUUAAUGCUGCACAAGACCUUUUCCGGGAGAUGACUUCUCAGGGUGUGUACCCUGAUACCAUAACUUGUAACAUUUUGUUGUAUGGUUUCUGCGAAAAUGGGAAACUAGAAGAUGCAUUGGAAAUGUUUGAGGUUAUCCAAAAGAGUAAGAUAGAUCUUGAUACUGCUACUUAUAACAUCAUCAUCCAUGGAAUGUGCAAGGGUAACAAGGUGGACGAAGCAUGGGACUUAUUUUGUAGUCUCCCCAUCGAUGGUGUGGAGCCUGAUGUUCAAACUUACAAUAUAAUGAUAUCUGGAUUCUGUGGAAAAAGUGCAAUGUCAGAAGCAAAUGCAUUAUUCAGUAAAAUGAAGGACAAUGGACAUGAACCAGAUGACUGCACAUAUAAUACUCUAAUUAGGGGAUGCCUUAGAGCUGGUGAAAUAGCUGCAUCAGGUGAACUUGUGAAGGAGAUGCGAAGCAAGGGGUUCAAUGGAGAUGCAUACCGUGAAAAUGGUGCUGAUAUGAUAAGAUGGCAGAUUGGAUAAGAGCUUUUUUUUGAUAUGAUGUCGUUGUCUUAGUGUUUCUUGGGAAGAGUGACUCUCCUACUCACUUGUGCAUUGCUGCUAGUGUUCUUUUCGUAUGAUUCAAUGUUAAAUGUAACAUGUGAGAUGAUUUUGCAGAAGUUUUUGGUUC